UCGUCGAUGGCCAACAAGUCUCAUGUGACUGAAUUCAUCCUCCUUGGCUUUCCUGGGCUCCCUCAAAAGUUUGAUGUGCCUAUAUCUCUAGCUUUAUUUCUCAGCUAUCUCAUAUCUUUGUUUUCAAACACUGCUGUGUUAACUCUGAUCAUUUUCAAAAAGCAGUUACACCAGCCAAUGUAUAUCAUCAUUGCCAACCUUGCACUAUCGGAUAUAUUGUUUGACACUGCAACUUUACCAAAAAUUAUUGCUAAAUAUUGGUUUGGUGCCGCUUCAGUAUCCUUCGCUGGAUGCGUCAUCCAGUUGUUUUGUGUUCACUACCUUGGUAGCUUUGAUUCGUGUAUUAUUAUGGUAAUGGCAAUUGAUCGCUAUGUUGCCAUCUGUAAUCCUCUCCGAUAUUCCUCGAUAAUAACUAAUAAACGUACAGUUCUUCUGUGCGGCUUUUUCUGGUUACUAACAUCUAUUGUUGCCUCGGUAAUAGCUGGCUUGGAUUCUAGUCUUUAUUACUGUGAUGGAAAUCAAAUCAAAAGCUGUUUCUGCACCAACAUGACGUUAAUCGCCUUAUCGUGUUCAGAUAUCACAUUUGUGAAACGAUUUGUGUUUGGACUUGCCAUGAUUGUUCUUUUGUUACCUUUGUGUUUUAUCAUAUUCUCAUACAUGAUUAUAAUCAAAGUAAUACAUUCAAGGACUGAAUCCGAAAGAUGGAAAAAAGCUUUUUACACUUGUUCUACGCAUUUGUUUGUUAUAGGUUUAUAUUUUAUUCCAAGAUUAUUCGUAUAUAUCUCAAAUCAGGUCAAUUUAAUUCUUAAUGGAGAUGUGAAUGUUUUGUUACUCUGUGUAUAUUCAUUUGUGCCACACAUGGCUAAUCCCAUUAUUUAUUGUCUUGGAACAAAAGAAAUCCGAAGGAUUCUUCGAAAACUUGUCAAAAAGAAAUUCAUUAAGAAAUUUGAACUCAAGCCUACUAUAAAUGUUAUUUCAAAUUAA